AUGAAAAUUUUGGAUUUUCAACUAAAAGUUAUUUGUUUAGACUGUCCAAUUGGUGAAAAUAUAGUGAUGACGAAAGCGCCAGGAUGGAGGAUAUCAAAGUUCAAUGGUCGUGGACGGAAAUAUUUCACAACUAAAAUAGAUUGCCUGCAAUCUUGUUAUGCAAAUAGGUACAAAAAUAGUACAGCUUAUCAUUGUUCGUCAGCAAUAUUUGACGAAGAUUCAAAUCGUUGUAGUUUAUAUUCAGUAAUUUAUCCAGCCAACAAUACUUUAAUACGUGAUGCUUCAACCAUUUACUAUGAGAAACAUUGUUUUUCAGAACAAAUAGCAAAAUUAUGUAAUGGAGCACUAAUUGAACGUCAACCACAACACGUACUUAUCACUUUUCCUGAUGCAAUUUUAACAACAUCAACGUUAAUGAAAUGCUUAUUAAAAUGUUUAUGGUCACUUCAAGAUGGACGAACAUUUCAGUGUCACUCGCUAAUGUACUUUUAUGAGCAGAAAGAUGAUAAUUGUAUACUAAAUAGUCGAUCAAAGAGAAGCAAUCCAAAUAGUUUGAAGGAAGAAAGAAUCUCAGUUGUCGAUUACUUUGAUUUGGAUGAAUGUUUAAAUAUUCCAUUAAUGAUGUUAAAGUUCUUAAAACUGCUAACAAGCCAGAUAUUUGAAGUUCGAUUUGAAGCCCCAAUCAAUGGUAAGCAUCAUAUGAUUCCAGAUGAAUAA